CCAACACGCUGUCAGUGCAGAAUCUGGCUUCAACGUGGGUGCGUGUGCUAGGUCUGUGCGCUGGUUCUUCCCUUCGUUUGUUGUUCUUGUUGUUAUUGUUACUUCCUCAGUGUUAGCAUCUUUUUGCAUCAGUUUUGUACCAAUCUGUACCUUCAUCCCUGUGGGUGAAAAGUUAACAUCUUCCGUACCGAAACGUGUACCUUUGACGAAAUUCGUUUCGAAAAUGUGGUUUUAAUUGCUGGUAACAAAAUGUAGCAAAAGCUUUCUGAUGGUGAGAUGUUUCCGGAUUCAAGAUGGCAGCCGUUGUGGCAAGUCGGUUGCAAAAAUCUUUAUCCGUGACCGAUCGAUAACGGUCCAGCAGCGAUGAAAGGUGUGAGAUAACAAGAUGAAACCCGUGCCCUAAAUUGGUAUCUCGUGGAUGGUGUGGAAAGUAUCGUAAGAAAUAAUGUUUUACAACAUUUUUAUGGUGAAUGGUUCGUGAACGUGUGGCGGUGGUGGGCGUGCGUGUGUGUGUUGGCCAGCUGUGGAAGCUGUACCACAUCACAGUAUGGUCGCCAUCUUGGAUUGGUGCUACAGUUUGGAAAAAAUCCACCCCAAGUAAAAGAUAAAGUAGAGCGCGAGAGAGAGAGAGAGAGCGAGAGAGAGAGCGAAAGAAAGAAAAACAAAUAAUAUUGUACCUACCAAAGAGCAGGAAAGAAAGUGAUCGAGGUGUUUACCGUGUAUCGCUAUCGCAGCAACCACGACGACGACGACAACGACGACGACGACGACGUCGGCGGCGACGGCGGUAACGGGCCUUAGCGCGUCCGCGUCGAAAAAGAAAAAGAAAACCAGCAACAUGUUGGGCCGGAAGCAGAGCAUCAAGGGCGAACCGGUUCUGGCCGACUACGGUCCGGAAGAGUCGCUCAACGAAAGUGCGGACAUCGAAUGGGUGAAUAAGCUAUGGGUCCGCCGAUUGAUGCGACUGUGUGCCUUGAUAUCGCUAACGUCCGUGUCGCUAAACACGCCGAAAACCUUCGAACGCCAUCCCUUCCUGCAGUACUGUACCUUCUGCUGCGAUACAGUCGCCACGCUACUGUUCACAUCGGAAAUGAUUGCCAAGAUACAUAUCCGUGGAGCACUUCGGGGUGAAGCACCAUACUUUAAGGACCAUUGGUGCCAGUUCGAUGCUUCGAUGGUGCUGUUUCUGUGGCUUUCCGUCAGCCUGCAGGUGUUCGAGAUGCUCGGUAUCGUGCCCAAGUUUUCCUACCUCAGCACGGUACGGGCACCGCGGCCCCUCAUUAUGAUACGCUUUCUGCGCGUCUUCCUGAAAUUCUCCAUGCCAAAGAGCCGCAUCAACCAAAUAUUCAAACGCUCCAGUCAACAGAUCUACAACGUGACGCUGUUCUUUCUGUUCUUCAUGUCACUGUACGGAUUGCUGGGGGUGCAAUUUUUCGGCGAACUCAAGAACCACUGCGUACUGAACACGACCGAACCGGAAAGCUUAACAAUCAACUCGCUCGCCAUACCGGACACGUUCUGUUCGCUCGAUCCAAACUCCGGCUACCAGUGUCCGACCGGUAUGAAGUGCAUGAAGAUGGACUUCCUCACCAACUAUGCGAUGGGUUUUACCGGGUUCGAGGAUAUUGCGACGAGUAUCUUCACCGUCUAUCAGGCCGCGUCGCAGGAAGGUUGGGUGUUUAUUAUGUACCGUGCGAUCGACUCACUGCCUGCGUGGCGUGCCGCCUUCUACUUUAGCACGAUGAUCUUCUUUCUGGCCUGGUUGGUAAAGAACGUUUUCAUCGCCGUCAUUACGGAAACGUUCAACGAGAUACGGGUACAGUUUCAGCAGAUGUGGGGCGUAAGGGGUCACAUCCAGAACAGUACCGCGUCGCAAAUUAUUACCGGUGACGAUAGCGGUUGGAAGUUGGUAACGAUCGACGACAACAAACACGGUGGUAUUGCGCCGGAAACGUGUCACACGAUCCUGCGAUCACCUUACUUCCGGAUGCUCGUUAUGACGGUCGUACUGGCGAACGGAAUCGUCACGGCAACCAUGCACUUCAAGCACGACGGUCGUCAGAGGCAUGUGUUUUACGAGAAGUAUUACUACAUCGAAAUUACGUUUACCUUCUUUCUCGAUCUGGAAACGCUCUUCAAGAUCUACUGUCUUGGGUGGCGCAGUUACUUCAAGCACUCGAUACACAAGUUUGAGCUGCUGCUUGCGAUCGGGACAACGCUACACAUCAUCCCGGCACUGUAUUUGAGUGGAUUCACCUACUUCCAAGUGUUGCGCGUCGUACGACUCAUCAAGGCAUCGCCCAUGCUCGAGGGUUUCGUGUACAAAAUCUUUGGCCCGGGCAAAAAGCUUGGUUCGCUGAUCAUCUUCACCAUGUGCUUGCUGAUCAUUAGUUCCAGCAUUUCGAUGCAGCUGUUUUGCUUUCUGUGCGAUUACACCAAGUUCGAAAGCUUCCCGGACGCGUUCAUGUCCAUGUUUCAGAUUCUAACGCAGGAAGCGUGGGUCGAGGUGAUGGACGAAACGAUGAUACGGACGAGCAAAACGCUUACACCGCUCGUUGCGGUGUACUUUAUCCUGUACCAUCUCUUCGUAACGCUGAUUGUGUUAAGCUUGUUCGUGGCCGUCAUUCUGGACAAUCUCGAGCUGGACGAAGACAUCAAGAAGCUCAAGCAGCUUAAGUUCCGCGAGCAGAGUGCCGAAAUCAAGGAAACGCUACCGUUCCGGUUGCGGAUCUUCGAAAAGUUUCCCGACUCACCGCAGAUGGCCAUACUGCACAAGAUCCCGAACGAUUUCACCCUGCCGAAGGUGCGUGAAUCGUUCAUGAAGCAGUUUGUGCUCGAGAUGGAACCGGAGGAUUUGGAGGGCUAUCAGCGCCCCAUGCCGGAAUGUUGGGAUUCACGCAUCGCCUACAAAAAGCAUCGCCCGAUCAAUGUGAUGAACAAAACGGCUAAAGUUUGUAUGGUGGGUAGCGAUCUGCGCAAGCUCGCGAUCACACACAUCAUCAACGAUUCCAACAAUCAGCGGCUAAUGUUGGGCGAUUCAUCGAUGCUACCAGUGGCCGGCACUAAGGCGGGGCUGAAACCGCAGGGUACGAUCACGCAGACAAAACCGUGGCGUGUCGAUCAGAAGAAAUUUGGCUCCCGGUCGAUCCGUCGCUCGGUACGUAGCGGUUCGAUCAAGCUGAAGCAAACGUAUGAACAUCUGAUGGAAAAUGGUGACAUUGGGGCAGCUAGCCGUGUUACUUCUUCGCGUGCCCGACCGCACGAUCUGGACAUUAAGAUUCUGCAGGCAAAACGGCAGCAGGCGGAAAUGCGCCGCAAUCAGCGUGAAGAAGAUUUGCGUGAAAAUCAUCCGUUCUUCGAUACGCCACUGUUUGCGGUGCCGCGUGAAAGCCGUUUCCGAAAGAUUUGUCAACGUAUCGUGCACGGGCGGUACGAUGCACGGCUAAAAGAUCCACUCACCGGCAAGGAACGAAAGGUGCAGUACAAAAGUCUUCAUAACUUUCUCGGGCUGGUAACGUAUCUCGAUUGGGUAAUGAUCUUCGUAACGACACUGUCCUGCAUCUCGAUGAUGUUCGAAACGCCACAGUAUCGCGUAAUGGAACACGUCGCACUGCAGGUCGCCGAGUACACGUUUGUCAUCUUCAUGAGUCUUGAGCUGGCACUGAAAAUACUGGCCGACGGGUUGUUCUUUACACCGAAAGCAUACAUCAAAGAUGUGGCCUCAGUGUUGGAUGUGUUUAUUUACGUCGUGUCUAGCAGCUUCCUGAUCUGGAUGCCACGCCAGGUACCGAGUAACUCCUCCGCCCAGCUCCUUAUGAUAUUGCGCUGUUUGCGACCAUUGCGAAUCUUUACACUGGUGCCACAUAUGCGCAAAGUGGUGUACGAACUGUGCCGUGGUUUUAAGGAAAUUCUACUCGUCUCAACACUGCUCAUUCUGCUGAUGUUUAUCUUCGCGAGCUACGGUGUACAGCUGUACGGUGGCAGAUUGGCACGCUGCAACGAUCCAACGAUACAAAAACGGGAAGAUUGUGUGGGUGUGUUUAUGCGGCGUGUGUUCGUAACGAAGAUGAAGCUAACGCCGGGCGUUAAUGAGUCUUACCCAUCGAUGCUGGUACCGCGCGUUUGGGCUAACCCGAGACGCUUUAACUUUGACAAUAUUGGUGACGCCAUGUUGGCACUGUUUGAGGUGCUUUCGUACAAAGGCUGGAUCGAUGUGCGGGAUGUGUUGAUAAAAGCGCUCGGACCGGUACAUGCUAUCUACAUACAUGUGUACAUCUUUCUGGGUUGCAUGAUCGGGCUGACACUGUUUGUCGGUGUGGUUAUUGCGAACUACUCCGAGAACAAGGGUACGGCACUGUUGACCGUCGAUCAGCGCCGUUGGUGUGACUUGAAGAAGCGACUAAAGAUCGCUCAACCGCUCCAUCUACCGCCGCGUCCCGAUGGGCGAAAGUUUCGCGCAUUUGUCUACGACAUUACACAGCACAUUGCCUUCAAACGAUGUAUUGCCGUGGUGGUGCUGGUAAACAGUAUGCUCCUGUCGAUCACGUGGACAAAAGAUGAGGUACAUACCGAGCGACUGGUCAUUGUGAGUACGAUCCUCACGUUCGUGUUCGUCAUCGAAGUCGUCAUGAAGAAUAUCGCUUUUACGCCACGUGGCUAUUGGCAGUCGAGACGUAACCGGUACGAUCUGCUAGUAACCGUCGCGGGUGUCGUCUGGAUAUUUCUGCAAACCACACUGAGAAGCGAUUUAUCAUAUUUCAUUGGUUUUAUGGUUGUCAUAUUGCGAUUUUUCACAAUAACUGGCAAGCAUACGACCUUGAAAAUGUUAAUGCUUACCGUCGGUGUGUCGGUGUGCAAAUCGUUCUUCAUCAUCUUCGGCAUGUUUUUGCUGGUGUUCUUCUACGCCCUCGCCGGUACGAUACUGUUCGGCACGGUCAAGUACGGUGAAGGUAUCGGUCGACGGGCCAAUUUCGGUUCACCGGUGACCGGUGUUGCGAUGCUGUUUCGCAUCGUCACCGGUGAGGAUUGGAACAAGAUCAUGCAUGACUGCAUGGUACAGCCCCCGUACUGUACGCCGGCCGCAAACUACUGGGAAACGGACUGUGGUAACUUCACGGCCAGCCUGAUCUACUUCUGCACCUUCUACGUCAUCAUUACGUACAUCGUGCUGAACCUGCUUGUCGCUAUUAUCAUGGAGAACUUUUCGUUGUUCUACUCGAACGAAGAGGACGCACUGCUGUCUUAUGCCGAUAUACGAAACUUCCAGAACACGUGGAACAUCGUCGACAUACACCAGCGGGGAGUGAUUCCGGUGCGCCGUGUGAAGUUUAUACUGCGCCUGCUAAAAGGACGGUUGGAGUGUGAUCCACAAAAGGAUCGUCUGCUGUUCAAGUACAUGUGCUACGAGCUGGACAAGCUGCACAACGGCGAGGACGUUACGUUCCAUGAUGUGAUCAAUAUGCUUUCGUAUCGUUCGGUCGAUAUUCGGAAAGCAUUACAGCUUGAGGAACUGUUGGCUAGGGAAGAGUUCGAGUAUAUUAUCGAGGAGGAAGUUGCCAAGCAGACGAUUCGUACCUGGCUAGAAGGAUGUUUGAAAAAGAUACGCGCAAACAAUGUUGCGAAGCAACAAAACUCUCUCAUUGCUGGACUGCGUGCAACGAACGAUCAGAAACAGCAGCAGCAACAACAGCAGCAGCAACAGCAACAACAGCAACAGCAGCAACAACAACCACAGCAACAAACGGGACCAUCCGGUAGUUCCCAGCAAGCCCAACAACAGCCACUAUCAUCCCAACAACAGCAACAACCUGCCCAACAGCAACAGCAAGCGACCCAAACGCAAUCACACCACCCAUCCCAGGUGACUUCACCACUGCAAUCCUCCACAACGUCCCAGGCCGCAUCAUCCGUUACCAGCCCCGGUCAGCUGUCGAAGCAAACGGAGGAAUCACCAACCGGCAAAGAUGGCACCGGUCUCGAACUGCCCGAUACCAUCGAUCAGACCGCCAAAGACAUCGAAAAUAAUGCUAAAAAUCGCAAGAAAACGGCCACCGUACUGAACCGUUCCGAUUCGACCGGUUCGAGCAGUGGGCGCAAAUUUCUCGCUCCCACCCUGUCCGAUCCGCAGGCCAAAAAUGAAAAGGAUCGUUACAUGAGCAAGAAAAAGCAACAGCGAGGUGUACCACCGUCGAUCAGCGUCGGUAAAUCAUCCCAUUUGGGUGAGAUCGGUGGGCACAGUUUGCAUCUACAUUAUCACCAUAGUUUUAGCCACGGGUACGGUGGUGGUGAUCAUUCGCCUCAUUCCCAGCCGCUACACCAUCAUCACCAGCAGCAGCAGCAACAGCAAGCGCAGCAGGCCAAUAUGAGCAAAUUUGGCCAUGCGCAUACCAACAUGAUCUACGAGGUGCACGACUGGUGGCAGGAACAGGUGCUUAGCACGCACAGCGAGGAGGAAGACAAUUGAGGCGGGAAAUAGAUUUUUUUCUCUCUCUCUCUCUAUGGUAGUUGAUGCAACGUAAAGGGUGUACUAGAGCUUUGCAGCAGACAGUUGAACGUAUUGUUGAGACUAGUGAUUUUAAAAUUGUCAGUAUUAGCACAUGUUUAUUUUCCUCUUUUCUAGUCAAUUUUAAAACGAGAGAAACCAUGCCGUUAGGUUUGAUAAAACAGUCAUGGAUUGUUCUUUUGGAUCGAUAUUGAAUGUGUAUUGUUAUCGUUAACGGGGCAGGGUGUAAUAGUAGAGCAAACUCGUCGUUAGUUAGAGUGUGUUUUUUUUUAGCGAAUGUUAAUAUUGCAAUAACAGAAGAAUGCAGCAUUAGAUCGCAUGUAGAAGAGACCGAUUGUUAAAGUGAUUCGAAAAUCUUAGGUAAGGCGGGCGGGAAAACAAGGACAAGAAUGAUCUUCUAGCAAAUAAUGCCAAAUCGCGAGGACCGUUAAAGGGAUGCUUGUUUUUUUAUGUUGCCUCUUUACGAUACGUUAUCCGUUACCUGUUACCAGAUGUACUAACCUGUAUGUGCGCGUGUCAUUUUACCUCCAGUAGUAGUCCUCCAGCAAUGUCUGCGUAGAACGAUAUGCCAAAUGCAUGAUUAGGGUGAUAAUAAAUCUAAUGAGAAUACGUUUUAGCAUGAAAGCAAA